AUGGCUUUUGUAGCUGUGGCAAAGAAGAAUAUAUUGAUUACUAUUUUCUUUCGUGUGGUUGCUAAUGUGUUAAAUAAUGUUGGAGCAUCUUCUAAAUGUUGUGAUCUUCUUCGAGAGAAAUUCAUUAUUGAGGCAUUGGAGAACGGCGAUACGCAUUGGGGAUCCCAUUAUAAUUUUAAGGUCAGCUUGAUUAGCAUGUUUGGGGCUGUUAUUGAUGUACUCGAAAUAAUUGUUGAAGAUGGAUCUAGUACUUGCGACAAAAAAAGUGAGUCGUUCAAUUUAUUUGAGUUAAUAGAAUCGUUUGAUUUUGCAUUUAAUCUACAUUUAAUGAGAAGUGUUUUGGGAAUUUCAAAGGCAUUGCGAAACAAAGAUCAAGACAUUGUCCACGCAAUGGACAAGGUGAAAGUUUGCAUAAAACAACUACAACUUAUGAGAGAUGAUGGAUGGAAUUCUUUCUUGCAACAAGUUGUCUCUUUUUGUAAGAAUCAUUGUAUUGAUGUUCCAAACAUGGAUGCUAUGUAUAGAUUACGAAAUCGGAUUGGAGAUGAGUGGAUGAAUGAUAGUCUCGUUGUUUAUGUAAAGAAAGAUAUAUUCUUAAAGAAUGAUAAUGAAUUGAUUUUACAAAGCUAUCAAAGCACUGAAAAAAACUUCUUAGAAAUCGUUCUCAAUACUAGCUUGCAAGAGGAAGGUGUGAAAAAUAUUAUUUUGUGA